UGUGUCUGAGGAUGUGCGCUAAGAAGUAAAACCAGAAGUUUACCAAAAAGGUUUUCUUGAAUACAGGUGCCUGAGGGGUGAAGAGGAGUGCUGUUCCUUGCCUUCAGCCACAAUGUCUUACUUCUGUACGAACUGGAUUCUUCUGAUCCUGUUUACAGGCCCCACAGUAUCAGGUUCAGCAGUGAGAGGAAAUGUUGGUCAGAAUGUCACUGUGCCCUGCUUUUACAGUGUUGAGAAGACACAAGACAUCACAUCAAUGUGCUGGGGUCGUGGCAGCUGCCCCACUUCAAAAUGUGAUCAGACCAUUAUCUGGACAGAUGGAUGGAAGGUGACGGAGCAGUACAACCAUAGGUACACGUUGAAAGGGAACCUGCUGACGGGCGACGUGUCCCUCACCAUUGUGAAUGCUGAGGAAGCAGACAGUGGGACAUACUGCUGCCGUGUGGAGGUCCGAGGGCUGUUCAAUGAUCAGAAAAAUAAUCUCAACGUUGUGAUAGAGAAAGCUAGGAUCUCUACUGCAAGUCCUCACACUCACACCUCUGAACAGACCUCAGCUCAGGGGAGCACCAGUGAAUCAUCCUUUACCACUGCAGGAACGUCGCCAUCGCUCUCUGCUUCGGAAGCUCCUCAGACUGCCUCUCAUCCCUGCUCAAGCACCUUGGACUGCUUGGAUGUGACUGCAAACCUGCAGAACCUGUCUGUAUCGCUUCCCAGGCAGCAGUAUUCAGAACAUGGAUUAUACAUUGGGAUUGGUUUAUGUGCAGUACUGCUAGCUGGCCUUAUUUUGGCUCUGUUCCUCAUUAGACAACAUUUAUCCAAUACAAAGAAGACAAGUGACUUUGCAAACUUCAUUGCGUUUUGGAAGCCAGGAGGUUCAGGGAACCAUAGCGCCCUGGAAGAUGAGAUCCAUGCAGAAGAAAACAUUUAUAUAAUACACUAAGGACUGGAUGCCUGCUUGCCUUCGUCAUCACUGGGACAUUCAAUAGUUUGCAAAAUAUUAGCUGCUUGGCAGCUAAAUGUGACUGGAAUAGAAUAGAAUUAAGCAGGUUGGAAGAGACCUUUGAGAUCAUCAAGUCCAACCUAUCACCCAACACUAUCUAAUCAACUAAACCAUGGCACCAAGCACCCCAUCAAG